ACUAGGGAAGGAUUUAAAACACAUACAUGUGUAGUCGAGUCGAGUAAUAUAUGUGUUUAUACGUAGCUAGGUCGGGGGAUUUAUUACAUCAGAAUAGCGGCAAUAUGAUGGUUUGAUAUAACUACCAGCUUUAGAAGCGUUGUAUGCAGUUGGUACGACGGCGUUCGCUGUUACAGGAUAGAUAUAGCGCCUCUGUUAUUCCGUUAGGUCGUAUUUUCGCUCUCAGGCAGCCAUGUUGGAACGUGUGUCGGGAUGUAAACAUAGUGCAGAUUUCUCAUUGGCUGAGCUCAACACCAGUAGCCAAUCAAAAUGGACCGCGGCUUAUAUAAGCCGGUGUUCCCGUAUAGACGAGGCAGACAGGGCUGGACAGCUCGUCAACAGUAACCUAUGUCCAGAGUCUUAGAUACUCAUAACUUUGCUGGGAAAAGACAAGGCAGCCAAGGAGCAGAGGAAAUGGACCUACAGAUUGAGGUAGAGUCAGAGGAAAUGAGGGACUUCCUUAAACAGGAGGAGUGGAAAAGCGGGGACCGCUGCAUGGUUUCAGGGUGCCCUGUCUCCAAGUCCUUUGUACGGGGGAUGGCAUAUGUGGACCACUGGGCCAAGGUACAUCUGCCCCAGACAUAUUUAUACCAGUGUGUCAGGUGCGGGCAGAAGUGGGCAUUGCGGACCAGGGCCACCCGACACAGCCGGACAGUACAUAGGACGGAGGAUCUGCCCAGGAGGUUGACUGUGCCUAAUCGACACUACGUCGACCCUGGCGCAGUGUCACCACCCCCAGGUCUACAACCACCAAACAACCAGGCACCACCAAGCCCCAGGACGCCGGAACCCGUGCAGGAGGCAGUGCAGAGACCUAAUGUGGAGACCAGGCCAUGGAGAUUGGUGGAGAUGGGACCGAGGCAACCAUCAACCCUAUGGGCGCUGGCCCUUAGAUGCUCCAGGAGAAUACUGAAGGCCAACAGGGAGAAGAGAGCCAAGGAGAGGGGACUUAUGGUGGAAACCAGCCUGGUGGACUAUCUCCACCUCAUCCAUGAGGAAAACUAAAUUAAUAGUGUAAUUGUUUAUUUAUUCAAUGCCAAUAUUGUAAGUGCUUAUGGUAGGACGUGUCGCGGGAUCGCGCCCGAUAUUACUUUAUAUUGUAUAACAGGAAGUUAUAGAUAUGUGGCAUAUUAUUUAUAUAAAUUGUUGAAGCCACUUAUAAUUUACAUUAUGGAAAUACUCUGUAGAAGAAAGGAAAUGUUGCCAAAUUUAUUUUUUGUUUGUUAAAAGGUUUUUUGAUAUAUAUAUAUAUAUACAUUUAUUAUUUAUACCAUGACUCUAAUGGCGUACCAGGUAUAUAUGGAGUAGUGGUGAGUAUGGGUAGUAGUCAAUGCUGUACUUGAUCGUAAGUAUUGACUGGAGGGAGGUAUGUAGUCGAGUCGAGUAAUAUAUGUGUUUAUACGUAGCUAGGUCGGGGGAUUUAUUACAUCAGAAUAGCGGCAAUAUGAUGGUUUGAUAUAACUACCAGCUUUAGAAGCGUUGUAUGCAGUUGGUACGACGGCGUUCGCUGUUACAGGAUAGAUAUAGCGCCUCUGUUAUUCCGUUAGGUCGUAUUUUCGCUCUCAGGCAGCCAUGUUGGAACGUGUGUCGGGAUGUAAACAUAGUGCAGAUUUCUCAUUGGCUGAGCUCAACACCAGUAGCCAAUCAAAAUGGACCGCGGCUUAUAUAAGCCGGUGUUCCCGUAUAGACGAGGCAGACAGGGCUGGACAGCUCGUCAACAGUAACCUAUGUCCAGGUAAGGAUGGGUUAGCUGCCACUUUAGUAUAGGGCCGGAUGGCUCGAGAGACCCAGUAUAGGCGUAUGGAUAGAGUUAGCACGUGCCGGCACGGGUUUAUGGCUUGGUAGCCAACUUACAGUACCAAAGAUAUUUACAGCAGAACAGCUGAUUGAGGGGUGUUUACAUGUUAUAAACAAUAGGUCUAUAGUUACCAUAGUAUUGAGAGAGCACAGGACUGGGUACAGUUCAUAUAUUUCCCCUGUGUAGAAAUGUAAUAGACCGUUUAACACUAGAGACAGCAGUCUCACUGUGGCAAGGUGGUAGUUUUAUGAGCUUAUGGGAGAAAUAUAUGAAUAUUGUCAGUGUUAGGUUGAAAUAUAAUUGCUAAGGUGAAUAUAAUGAAGAUAGGGGAGUAAUAGCUAGAUAAAUUUCUAGAGUAGAAUUAUGUAUAGCUCUGGAUGCAGCUAUUCGGGGAAGUUAUUAUAUAGGAACUAUUUAGGUAGUAUUUACUGGUUUACUAUCACAUUAUGUCUAUAAUUACAAGUUAAACUUAAGGACACUAGUCUCUGUGAUAAAGUUUUUGAUACUACUGCUGUCCAUAUUUUACAAUGGCAACAACCUUUACAAUUGUUAUGUUUUCAGAUGAUGAUUUGUUAUGUUAUUAAAUACUGGAACUGUUA